AUGAAGCUCUUCUCGCUGCUCCUCUUCUUCCUAGGACUGGCCUUUGUCAGCUGCAACGUGGCCCAGUUUGCAGUGAUGAUUACAAAAAAGACCGGGAAAUCACCGCUGGCUUACAAUGGAUACGGCUGUUACUGCGGCUUGGGGGGAUCCAAACAGCCCCUGGAUGCCACUGACAGGUGCUGCCACGCCCACGAUUGCUGCUACAGGAAUUUGGUUUCCGUCGGCUGCAGACCCAAAACGACCCGUUACGAAGUGGCCUACCAAGGAAAACAAAUAAUCUGCGGAGGUCAGAAUUUGUGCCAGAAAAGGAUCUGCGAGUGUGACAAGAGGGCAGCUGAGUGCUUCCAGAGGACAGCCAGCUCCUACCGCAAAUCCUACCACAACUACCCUAACUUCAUUUCCCAAAGCUUAGCAGACACAGAGACCGUGGGUGAUGUGGCAAGCUGUGAGAUAGAACAGAAGGCAGCUCCUAAUUCAACUGAAUUCCUGACGUGCAGGGGCAGGAUUUGGGAAAAUAAGUCCAGCAACAGCCAAAACACCCUCAAAUUUGUCAGCCAGCAGCUAAAAACAAACAGUCAUCCUCCUCAAAGCCCAAGGGAAUAUCCAGUGCUCAUUGUCCGUCCUUGGCCCACAGAUCACGGAGCACUCAGCUCCACCAAGGAGUAA